UUUAAUUAUAAAAUAUAUAUUUUAAUGGGGUACAGCACAUAAACCUGAUUUCGUAAAAUGUUUCAGUUUUUCAUUUUAAAACCUCUAAAAUCAACGGUAUGAUUUUGCAGUUGUAUUAUUGAUUUGACAUGUUAUAUAGAAUAAUGUUUGGUAUGGUUUAGUUACGGUUUUUAAUAAAUUUUUAUGAAACCAGGGGAGUUUUACUAGUUAGCCUACCAUAACCUGAAGACGUGGCUGAAGUUGAACGAAAUCUACCCUAUAGAUACCGAUAUAUUUUGCAUGCCUAUCGCAGGGUAUGUGUUAUUAAAUAGCGAGAAUUUAAAUUAUUUUGCUUGAAAAUUCUAACCAAGUGUUUAAGACACAUUUUUUGCUGGUGGUCACAUAAAAACACUCGGCAUGCCCUUAUUAAUUUCAAAAUAGAGAUUCGUUGUUAAUAAAUGUGCUCCACUGUACAAUUAGAUAAACUAUCAAAGAAAUAACCACAAGAACCAAAUAUAAUACAACAAAGAUGUUAUGCAAAUGUAUGCACAUAGCAAAUAUGUUACUUUGUCUAUUCUGAUGAGAGUACUCAGUUACUUGUUACAGAGUCAUGUAUAAUGUAUCAUGCAAAAGCUAUUGGGUUAGAUAAUGUUUUCGUAACAUGUUACAUGAACGGAUGUUUUUCUUACAUAGCCUAUGUGAAUAUGCACUUAACAUUAUGUGAAACCAUCACAAUGAUAUAUCUUAUUGAAUGACAAUAAGUCAGUGUGUAGGUAGCCAACACGAACAUAUUAUUAACGUGAUACAUAAACGGGUACUUUCGUAUUAACGCCACCGCAGCUGCUAAAUCAGAAGUUUCCAAUAAAAACAAGCAUGUUGUGACUGACCUAACCUAACCCUUCGAUUUUUUAAAUUUCAAUUUUUGACUGUUAACGGGGUUUUGAUUUAACAUUAAUCCUUCAAUUUUUUUUUAAUCCCUAUUUUUGACUGUUAACGGGGUUUUGAUUUAACAUUAAAUUUUAAACGUUCCAAACAGACCUAUGUUCUGAGGCAAGGGUUAGGUUGGGUUUGGUCAAUUACGUACUAUAUUAUGCUUUGCUGUCCUGUUGUUUGCUGAUUUAUGAUGCCAUUUUUGAGUACUACCAAAAUGCGUACUUGGAAUUUGCCAAAAACAGAUCAAGAUACAAUUUUAUGUUUUCAGGAGCGAAAUAUUUUAUCAAAAACAGGAAAUGUGAACUUAAACAAGAACCAACCUGGCCGCCGUCACAUCUACUGUAAGAGUUCGCAUUGGGUAUGCUUUGUUCGGUUGCUACUUCACAGAAGGUGUCAAGCUUAAAUAGUAUUUGACCCACAAGUAAAUUUUUUUUUUAACAAAUUAUUUCAUUUGUGAUGGACUACAUUACAUGGAAACCAAAUCUUUUUUUUUUGUUUGAAACAUAUGUAGGUACCGUAGGUAUCUUAACAAAAACUUUUAUCAGAAAAAUUACAAUAGCAACAUUGGAUUAAGUAGUUAUAUGUUAAUGUUAGCGGAAAAUUGAUUUCAUGUAACUUACAGUUUUUGUUUUCAUGCAGGCUAAAUUAUCUUGGUGAAAUCAGGCAGUUUUAUUUAUCCUUCAUGUAUCAAGUAGUGGAGUUUGACACUGAUAGUGGAGGAGGGGUUGGAAUUAUCCACUCUAAAUGGCUAACACCAAGAAAGAAAGAGUGUUUUUGGCCACCUUUUAAACAUUCUCAAGAGUACAAUAAAUGUCUCAGUGACGGACAGCGUCCUUGUGAAAAAUGGAGAAUUUGUGCUUUGAAGAGAAAAUUCUACAUUACUGAUGACAUAUUAAAGGCCAGAGAAAAAUUGAAAGAUGCAGAAUUUGAAUCUGACAUUGCAACUGAAUAUGAGAAUGAAUCCUCACAGAAAAGGAAGAAAAGGCCAAACAGAAGAAUUUUAUACAGCAGUGACGAAAGUAGUAGUGAUGAAUAUGACACAAAUAACCAGCUAGCCCACAAGAAGUAUCCAUCUCCACCAGAUGUGGAAGUGGCUGAAGUGCCAGUGGCUGAGUGUCAAAGGUCUGUGAACACACCGUCCAACUCAGCAGAUUCUGUGUUCACUAGAGACUCUCGUCCUUCUCGCAGAAGUGUUAUUAAUUCAGAAUCAUCUUCCUCAAUUCUUUGUUCUGUGGAAAAUGGAAAUACUGUUAAUACUCAAGAUGUUACUGUGUCAGAAGAUUCCACCAGAGAGCAAGUUGGUUUACAAGUGAUCGCUAGACAUUUGGCCAAAAUUGAGAAGCGUUUGGAUGUUAUUCAGCAAUCUGUAUCAGAAUUAUUAAAGCAGACUUUACCAGACACUGUACAGAACAUAAAUAUUUUACCAGAAGAUUUGACUCUUCCAUGCGAGACUGAAGAACAACUCAACAAAGUGGAAGAAUGGAUAUCAAUCCCAGAAAAUAAGAUAUGUAUGGAAACCACACUUGCUACAGUUGGAGGGAGAAAAGCUGAUCAUGUUGUGCGCCAUAUACUAGAGAGACUAUUCACAAAUAGAUUGGCAUUGAAAUACAAUUGGACAGGAAAAAAUCAGAAGAUAGCAUUAAAAAAUCUGCAGCUGAUGAAGAUUAUACCUGGUGAGUCAAAACGCAUAGAAUACUAUUUUAGCUGCUGUUAGAAGAAAUAAAUCCACUAGCAACAUCUGUGAUGAUGAUGUGAAUACCAUUUUACGGAACUGGUUCCGUUUCGCAAAGGACAGGGAUGGAGGUAGAGACAGCAGAAGACAGUCGGCUAAAUAGAAAAAGACAUCAGAAAAAUGUCUACUGUGGAAGUUCAAAGAGAACUAAUUUGCGAAAAGUGGCAGUUCGUUCAAAAGAAAUUUGUCAAGAAUUAUGUAAUGAAAUUCAGCACAAUUAUGUAAAUGUUACUGUAAACACACACACUAACAAUCAUGGUGCUGAUUCAAACAAUGCAGGUAUUUCUACAAAUAAUAAUGAUUACAUAUGCAGCAGUAUUAGUAGUAUAAGUAGAACUGAUGAUGAUUCUUCAGUUGAAGAAAUUGAAAAUUCUGAACUUAGUGCUAACAUUGUUCCUGUUGAACAAAAAUUAGUUGAUUGGAUGUACAGUUAUAACAUACCACAUAAUGCAGCAACAGCUUUGUUGCACAUUUUAAAACCACAUAUGUCAGGUCUGCCCCUUGAUUCACGCUCUUUGCUUCACACUCCAAGGUACUCAGUAGUGGAUACACAUACCUCAGGCCUUUUCAAAUACUUUGGUGUAGAAAAAAAUCUAGUGAAAAGAGCCCUAACUGGAUUAAAACCUUGUCACUAUCCAUUGCUAAGAAACAUUUACAGGGACUAUAGUUCAGAAAAUAUGGUGACAAUUUCUGUUAAUGUUGAUGGACUACCAUUAUUUUCCAGUUCAAAUAAAUCAUUCUGGGUUUUGUUGGGUAUACUUGACCAGGCUGUUGACAGGUGUCCUUUUGUAGUUGCAGUAUAUUAUGGUGCAUCAAAGCCUUCAGAUGCUACAGAAUUUCUUCAGCCAUUUGUAAAUGAAUGUGUGUUCCUUGAAAGAAAUGGAAUAAAUAUAACGAACAAGCACUAUAAGUUUUGUGUCAGUUGUGUAAUUGCUGAUGCACCAGCAAGGUCAUUUGUGAAAUCUGUAGUUGGCCAUAAUUCACUAAAUGGAUGUGAGAAGUGUGUUCAAAAAGGGAAAUACUAUGGUAGAACAACAUGGCCGUACAAAAUUGAUUGUUCACUGAGGUCUGAUGAGUCAUUUAAAUACAUGGAAUACCCAUACCAUCAGAAAUCAAUAUCAGUGUUAUCUAGUUUGCAAUUAGGACUUGUGUCUCAGGUUCCAUUGGACUAUUUACAUUUAAUUUGCUUGGGGGUAAUGAAACGAUUGAUACGCAUAUGGUGUGAUACUGGCCUUAGGAAAGGGAAGUUAAGUUCAAAAAGCAUUGAUACUCUUUCUAACAGAAUGCAGAUAUUGAGAAAGCAUACUCCUAAAGAAUUUUCUCGCAAACCAAGACCCGUGAAAUUGUUUAAAUUUUGGAAAGGUACUGAAUUCAGAUCUUUUUUAUUGUAUUUUGGACCAGUUGUUUUAGUUAAAGUUUUGCCCAGGAGUUUAUUUGAGCAUUUCAUGUUACUUCAUACGGCUGUUUAUGUUUUGGCAAGUGACAUCGGUGAACAAAACUCAUGGAGAAAGUAUGCAAAUGAUUUGAUGCAUGUUUUUGUCAAAGAAAUACCUGCAUUGUAUGGAAAGGAAGUACUUGUUUACAAUUUUCAUGAUUUGUUACACCUAGCAGAUGAUGUAGCCAAUUUUGGUAAACUUGAUCACUUCUCUGCUUUCCCCUUUGAAAACUUCAUGAAAAAAAUUAAAAACAUGGUUCGUGCACCAAACAAUCCAUUGCAACAAGUAGUGAAGCGAUUAGGUGAAGAUGCGUCGUGUUGUUUAAAAACAACAAAACAGUCAUCUGUUGUCAAAAAUGUUGAUGGUUCAAUAAGGUAUGUUGUGUUUGGAGAUCGUAAUAAAUAUGUAAUAGGCACAAAUUAUUCAGAUAGUUGUUUCAUGACUGUGAACGGUGAAGUAAUUGUAGUAAAUGGAAUUAAAAAGGCACUCUCUCCAGGAAUUUACAGUCUUGAAUGUAGUCGCUUUGAGAGUAAAACUGAUUAUAAUAAGUAUCCUUUAAAAAGCAGUACUUUAAAAAUUUACUUAGUGGAUAAUCUUGUAAAAUACAGGAAGUUAUACACUACACAGUUAUAUCGUAAGUGUGUUCUUUUACCGGAUUUCAAUGAUAAUGCGUGUUUUUUGUGUAUACCAUAUUGUAAUAUGGAUGUAUUUUAUUGAAGUUGUCCUGUAAGCAAAUAUAAAUGUACUUCAUUGACAUCCUGGAAGCAUUUGUUUUAUCACAAACCCCACAGUUCAAUCAUGUGUUAUUUACUGGCUUGGAAGUUAAAAUAAAUGUAUGUUUUUGUUUUUUCUUACUUGAUGUUUUGUAUAGUUUAUAUUACUUCAGCUCCAGUGUUUUUAAAAAAUUCUUUAUUGCAGUUCCAGGGUCAAAAUUACUCUGUGAUUACAAUUAUUAUUUUAUUUUUUUAUACCUAUGCAGGAAAGUAGGUAAUAAUAAUGUUCCUUACACACUAUUACAGCUGAAUCUUGUGCAGCAAUAAUUUAACCAUGCAUCUUUUUUUUGUUAGCUUGUAAGUUAUGUAUUGUAAUUAAAGUAUUUUUUUCAAAAAUGUUUGUUGUUAUUUGCAUACACAUAAACUGCUUGUUUAACGAAAUUUAUUAUAAACUAUUAUUGUGUUGCUUAGGUUAUAAAAUGUAAAUCAUGGUAACUGACAUUUGAAAGUAAUUUAAUUCCAAAUUAAUCAUAUCAAUCAAUUGGUAAUAGGAUAAGACUGCUAUAUUUGAGGUUGUGUAUAUGUUGAGGCUGCCUUAAGUUUUUGAAGCGACAGGCUAAUUUCACUUUAUACGACAGUGAUAGUUUUCUUAACAUUUUGAAAUUGUGUAUAUAAUAUUAUAGGCUCUUUUAAUUUACUAUGCAGUACAGUAUUUUAACAAGCAUUAUCUAUUGAAUUUUACUUCAUUUAAAAAUGUUUGGGUGCAGGGAAAGUUAAAGCCUUUUCAAUAGGGGUUAGCUCUGAAAUAGUUGACUUUGUGAUAGAAUAACUAUUAUAUUGGCUCAGAACAUUCAGCCUUUAUCUCUCUAUUCUUGUUAAGAGCUGGACUACCAGCAUUAUUCCUGUUUUGUCCCCCUAUUAAUUUUCUAGAAUAUAUAUUGCAUGAGCAUUCAAUAUGCAGUUCUAACAAUUGAGUGCAAUUUUAUUACAGCACUUCAAGUGUCUAGUGAUGCUUUUAUUUCUGUACCUAGUGUGUGUGUUGCAUAAAGUAAUUCAUUAUGCAAACGAAAAAAAUGGUUUUGCCAUUCACAUGUAGUUUACUGUAAACCUUUUCAUAUAAACUGAAUUGCUGCCUAUUAGAACUUCAAUUUGAAGGGAAUACAAUGUGACACGUUUGCCCUGUAGUUGGGAAAGUGGGAAUAUUUGGAUGGGUCAUUUGCAAAAAGACAUUGGUAAAUCGUAGGCAUUGCAGAUACAUUUGGUUGGGCCACACAUAGAAAAUUGUUGGCAUUGCAAAUAUAUUUGGUAGGGCCAUCAGAAUAAAAUUGUUGGCCAGGUGGUGUUAAUGCUUGCUAGAAAACCGUUGGCCCUUCAUUUGGGAUGAGCCAGUUGGACAACAGUAGGCAAGUGUGCCAAUUAUACCGUUGUCCAACGGUGGACAUUUUCAAUAUGCCAACAUUGGCCCAACUGUAUGUGCUACUAGGGAGAGCACCCCCUGCACCCAUUAAUGUUCGGCGCUGGCCGUCUCCAGCGAGCAUCGACCCGCGUCCCGCGAGACUGCCGCGGUAACCAUUAAUGUCGCGUAGCGUUAUAUUUUUUCUGUAUUAAUCGUGUAACGGCUAGACGUCGCCAAGUGUUGGUGAGAGUGUUUUGUAGCGGGACUAGAUUAAAGGUAAUUCUCACCAACUCGUGUAUGCUAAUUUUCCGGAGUCUCCCGUCCUUCACACAGCCGAGCGGCCUUCACAGUCAAGAGAGAACCAUUCAGGGUAGAUUCAAGCCGUGUACCUGGCGGGGCACGCGGGGGCAGAGUACCCACGACCCAACAUCAACGGCCUAGCAGUCCGCUAGCCUGGCGCCCCUCCGGACAACAAGAGCACCGCGACGCCCGUAGCGCCCGUCAGGUACCCCCCGGGCCUUUCACAUAGGUCGGGUGACGGCAUGUUAAAAGUCUCUUCUCUACAGAUUUGCUUUGUUCUAUGUUACUAAUUAUUAUUAAUGUAGGGCAUCCUCCAUCCAUUGCAUACCUUUAGUGAACAUAAUAACAUAUUAUAUUUUAUUAUAUUUUUAUUCUCCUCGCUGGUUCUGUAUGUUCAACUACAGCUGAUUCAGUUGUGUCUUUAUAUUUUUAAUUAUUUAUUUGUUUAUUUAUUUCCAUUGUUUUCCAUGGCAAACAAUACAAAACUUCAAUGCCGUUAAUCCAAAAAUUGGAAGUAAAUCAUAUUUUGAAGGUUUGCUAUCUAACAAAUCAUUAGGUAUUUAAAAAUUUAUUGUAAUUUUUAAAUUCAAGAAAAGUUUUCUGAUGUAUGUUCUGAGAAAAAGAAACAUUUAUGGAAGCUUACUGUAACACCAAAAAUGAAGUAUGAUGUUACUGAUAUCAUUUGUGUUUGAUAUAAUUAAUUAUUAGUGUUAAAAGUGCAUUUGCAGUGCUAAUUUCUGAUCCCGUUCACAUACAGGCAUAAGUGUGAUAACUAAAAUGAAGUAUGACGAUUUAAGAGUUAAAUGUUAUGUUUAAUCUCUUUCCUUAACUGUUUGAUGAAUAUUUUAAGUGCAAAUGUGCAGUUUGUAGUUCUUAUGUUAGAUCUAAUUCAUAUUAUACAGGCUAACGUGCAUUGUUUUAUGAAGAAUAGUGUUGUAACAAACUGUCAGAUUAAAUUGUUUUGUUCCAAAAUAGAGCAAUGCUCUUUGGAACAUUGCAGAAAAUAAAAUUUUAAGAAUUACAAAGUCUAGCACAAAUAUUAAUGUAAAUCAGCUCCAAGACUUAAGUUGUAAAUGUGAAAUUAGGCCUAUGUGAUUACAAUCUUAUGGCAUUAAAGGUCUAGUAAGCCUACCUACAUUUGUAUUUUAAAUAAUCCAAGUUCAUAAACAUUUAAAGAAAUUGCUGCAAAUAUUUCAGUUCAAUGAACUGAUUCAAAUAAAAAAUUAUAGGUUGAAAGAUAAUCUAGUAAUGAAGCCAAUAGUAUUAUUAAUUAAAAUCUUGUCUGUAAUCUCAGAAGUCAGAGAAGUUGAACCUUCAUGCAAAACCCAGAGCUGGUAGGCAAUAAUUUUUUUAAUUUAUUAAUCAUUUUCAGAUUUUUUUUUAUCAAAGAUUGAUUAAUUUACAUUGAUUGAUACCAAACAUAUACAAGAACUUCAGAAUACAGAUUUUCCUUCAUAUUGAAAUAUUGUUAUUUAAAAAAAAUUAUUUUCUUUUAUUGAUAAUACACUUAUUGGAAUUGGCUCUAGAAUAUUAUAGUGAAUACGUAAUCUGUACUUGUCUAUGAUUUGUUUGUUUUUUAUGUAAGUGUAUAUAGUAGUGUUUUUUUUUUUAAUGGUUGUUGGCUAGUGUUAUGUAUGUAUGUGCACUAUAUGCAAAUGGUAGUUCUGAUAGUAUAUGUUCAUAAUAAUAAUAACUAAUAUACUGAUAUCAGACUAGCUCAAAAUUGGUCUGUAUUGUACAUAUAUGAAUACUUUAUAAGAUAUGUAUUGAAAUAUUAUUUGAGUUAAGGAAAAUUGUUACUGUAGAGUGUAGAUGUUUGAUUGAUUAUUGAAAAAAAAAUUCCUUCUGACAACCAUUAAUAAUUUUUACUGCUUUUUAUUA